CUCUUCAAAUUAGAGGAAAAUAAAGAAUUUCAAAGCGAGGCUGUCAAAAUAUUUUUUAAAUAUUUCAAAAUGAACAGGAAUAAUGCAGAAAUUCGAGCAAGUGAGAACCAAUCCAAGUUCAUCCAAGACAGAAUCACAGCUGUUGAAAAACACUUCGGAGAAAUGUGCUUCCACUUUGGAGCCCUUGCCAGGAAAAAUGCAAAAUUACGAGAUAAAGGAGAUGAAGUAGCAAAACACAUUUUAACAUAUGCUGAGAAUGAAAGUCUGAACCACUCCAGCAGGCAUGCUUUAACAAAGUUCUCUGAAAACUUAGCAGCCGUCCAAGACUAUAGAAAUGCUCAAACACAAAGAAUUGAAGCCAAAGUUGUGUCUCCACUGAGUCUAUAUGGGUCCAACUGCAAACAUGCUAAGGAGGAUUUGAAAGCUGCAUUUACAACUAGAGACAAAGAAAUUAAGGAAAAAGAGAAGUUGGAGAAAGUUAAAGAUAAAGCUCCAAGUGAUAGACAUAAAAUUUCAAAACUUGAAUCAGAACUUCAAAAAGCGUCAACAGAUGCGUCUUUGGCUGAACGUGCCCUGGAAGAAAAAAUAGAUAUGUUUGAGAAGAAAAAACUGGAAGAUAUUAAGAAAGUGCUUCAAGAUUUUGUGUUGACUGAAUUGUCAUUCCACUGUAAAGCUGUAGAAAGUUAUACUCAGUGUUACCAAGCUCUACAAAAUAUGAAUGAGGAAGAUGAUUUAGAGGAAUUUAGAAACUCUCUCCGUCCAAGCAGUGCUGCAUCCAGAGGUCUGGGACAUGGUGUCUCAAAAUCUUCACUGAACACAACUGCCCAAUCAUUAAAGAACACGCCAUCUGGUAGAAGAGCAAAGUCAAACCAAAAGCAAACAGUUCAGUAUGAUGAUGAAGAUGAUGACGAUGACGAAGAGGAUGAUGACAGCUAUGAAGAUGAUGAUGAAGAAUACACAUAUGAUCGUAGAUUUAAUGCUCGGUAACCAUAACAUGAUAGCAACAGUGGACAAUGUCAUUCACAUGAUCAUAUGUCUAUUCUCUGUAACCAUAGCAGCAAUGGACAUUGAUAUUCAUAGUAUCAUAGAUUAAAUGCUCACAUACCAUAGCAACAGUAUUGUUGCUUCAAAAGCCAUAUCAACAGGACAGAGGAUAAUCAUGUGAAUAUAUAGAAUAUUUAGACCCAGCUGCCAUAGCAACUGUGGACAAUAUAAAUCAUACACUAGUUUGUACAUAUAAUUUUCAGUUCACCAUAUUUUAGUGGAAAAGGAGUACUCGUUCCCAUAUAACAUGGUACAUGUACAUUGAUUCCUGGGAAACAUUAAAAUGGGGUAUAUAAUUUAAAGUACCCAUGAUAUAAAUUAUAAGAAGACAAUCAUAUUGUUAUUUAUUAUUAUGUCACCACAUGAAGUGGUGACAUGUGGUGUUGUUAUGGAUUCCAACUUUUUUGUGGAUGCGGUGUUCAGUGGUCGGUGUUUGUAACAAAUGGCAGGUAGUGACAUUUUGCAUGUUAUUGCCUUGUUUAUUUAUUUUAAUGGAUAGGAAACCUAGCC